GCGCUCACUUCAGUCCGCUUCAGUCCACGCCGAGUUGCCGCGCGCGUCGGUGGAGAUUCCGGUGGUUUCGUGUUACCGUACGUCGUGACCGUGUCUCGCGUUGUGCCGCUACAAAAAUCUCAUCGCGAAAACGCGUUUCAAGAUCGAAACGAAACUGUUGCCGGCGACAACAGCAUGGUGAAUCGGCCGCGGGGGCGACGAUGAGCCGGCAGCGCGUUCCGCGUCAAGUUCGCUAUCGGCCGGAACAAGUGAAACCGUUAGUGUGACGAGUGUGUCGCGUGCCUGACCACUCCUCUUUCGUUGCAUUGUUGUUGAUUAUAUUGUUGCUCCGCUCUGCUUCGCUCUGCCUGCAUACUCCACUGCGCACCACUCGACCCGUCACACGGAUAUUCGGGAUCAUUAGCCGUCGCCGGACAGCAGGACCAACCAGUCGUCAAGCCGCGCGCGAUGGACUUCGUAAUAUUAAAGGUAUGUGUGAUUCAGUAGAGUGCCGCAAUUUCUUUGACAUUCUAAACGAGAGGAGGCUUUGCGAUCUUCGAUCCGGUAAGCAAUGGACUGUAGGACAUGGACAAAGCUUGACGUAUCCCGAUCGCUGGUACUUGUAUGAUUCAUGAACUUAACUGAUUCGUAGACGUUCUCCAUUGUCGGUACGUUGUACUUUUAAUUCCAAUUACUCAUACGAGAUCACAAGUUCUAGACGUAUAAUUUCAAAAGUGAUGAAGCUAUGGACGUUGUCACGUGCGACGUUGUUGCGGUGCAAUAUGCAAGCGUGAACGGACAGGACGUUUCAAAUUCUAGUCACGAGGAUGCUGUGCGCUGUUUCCAGUCGGCUCAGGAGCCAAUUAUCGUCGAGGUCCUUCGACGACAACCCAGUGGGCAUCAACAAGUACCUCACACGCCCUCGAAAGAGCACGAAAGGAUCAUGUGUCAGGAUAAAAAUGAAGGGACGACGAACGGCAAGGGCGCGACAGCAAACGACGAGCAAACAUGCAACGAUGACGUAAAGAAAGAUAAUACAGCGUGUUCCUUAAUAUCGACUGCGGUUCAAACGGACUGGGCUGGUCUCAUAGAGGAAGAGGAGUUACUUCCGGUUCCUCUCGUCGUUGAUGAACAAGCGAAUGACAGUUUCGAGGAUUUUCUCGCGCAUGACAUCGAUUUUGAGGAAGUGACGUUGCGGAAAAGCGGGAGUGCCGAGAAGCUCGGACUGACGGUGUGCUACAGUUCCGGUUCCGGCAGUGAGGACGCCGACACUGAGGUUUACAUUUCGGAAAUAGUUCCUGAAAGCCUCGCGGCCCGAGACGGCCGGUUGCGUGAAGGAGAUCAAAUUUUGCGGGUCAAUGGCAAGGAUGUCGCGAACAAGGAGCAGACUGAGAACUUGUUUGCGGAGACGAAAAACGCGGUGACUAUUCUCGUCAGCCGAUGUGUAUAUCAAGACGAUGAAUACGAUGACAGGCGCAUCUAUCAUCAGGGUUCGCCGCCGCUCUCGCCCGAGAACCUGCCAGCGUAUCAGAACAGCAUGAUCGAGCAGCUGAUCCGUCAACAGCAGCAGCAAACGGAAGAGCGUACCAAAGAGAGCGAGGUAAACAAUUGCACCCUGAAAGCACCUCCACCAAUACCAUCUCACACUCAGCAGCAGCAGCAACAGCAACAGCAGCAACAACCGCCUCAACAGCCAUCGCUGCCGCAACAACAACAGCAGCAGCAAACUGUCAAUUUUUCCACAAACUCGUCGUCUACGUGUUCAUCGCAAAACUCACAUAAAUCCGGUAAGAACGCGAUCUCGCCGGCGCAUCACACGGAAGAGCGCAACAAGCAGUGGCUGCAAGAAUCAUUGAAGGAUUGUUCGAAAAGGCUCGAGGGUAUAUCCCUGCGCGGCCAACAGUCCUCCGGCCCACUGACGGCAGCACCGCCGUCGGUGAAACUCAUUGAGCCAUACUCGAGCCACGUAUGGAGCGACACCGAACAUAUCUACGAGACGAUACCGGAGUCGGACAGCGAACCAAUCUACUCGUCGCCGUACGAACAUCACCAGCAGCAUUGGACGCAGCAAGCGAACCACGUUGUUGUUGCGACAACGCAGUUGCAACAGCAAUGCGCAGCGGCGCAGAAUCAUCUGGCCAGCGGUCAGCCGAACCAAAAAUGGCACUCCUCCUCGAAGAGUAACAGCUCCGGCGAGGAGAAGGACAGCUCGAGCGCUUACAACACCGGCGAGUCCUGCCAUAGCAAUCCUCUGACUCUGGAAUUGCAUCAGGGCGAAAGAGAUCAUCACAAGAGCACGCUGGUACUGUGUCCGCCGAAGACGCCGCAGCAGCAACAAUCACAGCAGCAGCAGCAGCAGCAACAACAACAACAGCAGCAGAAGCUUGGUUGUAACUGCCCCAUGCCCGUGACGCCGACCGCGACAUCCGCGUUAGCAAGACAAUCGUCGAAAAAUCAGAGCGUGAAAAAGAGCUCGUCGACGUCGCAUCAUCACAGAGAUCGCAAUGAACCUUCAUCGAUAAACGCCAAUACGCUACCGGCCGACACUAUGUACACAAACGUGGCCAAUCUGCAGCAGACGAUGAUGCUGCAGCAGCAACUAUUUAAACAGGCACUCAACCGCAAAAAUCUCACGACGUCCAGGGAGAUGUCCACGGGCGGUGCGAGGAAAUCCAGAUCGCACGGCAACUUCCAGGCGCCGAAUCUCACGCAGUACCAAUUCGUCGGUAGUCAGCAGGUGUGCACGUCCACCACGUGGAUACCGCCGGAGGACAAGAGCGAGGUGCAAAUGGAAUGGAAGGUGAAAAGGAGAGCGGACGGGACGAGAUACAUCGCCAGACGGCCCGUCAGAAAUCGGAUACUUCGGAAUCGAGCGAUUAAGAUAACCGAGGAAAGAGCCGGUCACACUACCGAAGACGACACCAUGUCGGAAAUGAAAGCUGGACGCUACUGGAGCAAAGAGGAGCGUAAGCGGCAGCUGGAACGCGCGCGCGAGCGCAAGCAGCGUCAGCAGGAGCUGAUGUUGCAGCAGCAACAGCAAAUGCAACAGACCAAUGAUCUGCUGAUAUGCGAGCACACAGAGGACAAGGUGUCGAAAAAGCCAUUGAACAUUGUCGAAUUAAGUCAUAAAAAAAUGGCGCGUAAAAAGACGACCUUGGAUGAUUUCACCACUGUACAAGAGAUGCUAGUUCACGGGAACAGGGUAGGUGCAGGUGGACCUGGCACCGGGGGGAAAUUAAUGGGUCUGUUGUCAGUUACCACGGUGUAAGCGGACUCGUGUUGUGUACUCUUAAUACUUGCCAAGCAGUGAAUAUCGGUUGCACGAAUAUCGAAACGCUUGAAACGAAUACGAGGGUACGAUUUUACAGACACAAUUUUAUCGCGCGAAUAACUACGACGAUUUUGUGUGGGGAAAGCCUGAAACAUUUGCGCGGCUUAGCACACAAACUCGUUCAUUUCGAAUUAUCUUUUAUACCGACUUUCCACCCUCAAAUAUGUGCCUCAUGCAGCGAAGGCAACGUCCUAAAGUCAGAUGACCCUUCCAAAAGUUGGUGAAAGGUCUAGCGUUCGUCUGAAUAGUCCGUAUAAAAUUGCUUGCUUGAUAUAUGUGUAUGUAUAUGAUACAAGCGUAUAAAAUUGAUUUAGCAAUUGCAUCCCUGAUGAAAAAAAAAUCUCAUGAUAUCUCAACUUUAAAGAAUUUUUUAUAUUUUAAAUUUAUUAAGAUUUAAAAAAAAAAUAAAUAUACUAUACUCUUUUACAUCUUAUGUGUCUUUUGAAAAUUAUAAAAGAAGAAAUCUUAGAACAUUUCAGAUGUAUCAUUUACAUGUAUCAAGAAUUCUAGAAAAGACUUACUUUUUUAGUAUUGUUGAAAAGUGCUUCAAUCAUACAAAAAAUAUCAGAAAAAUUUUUCAUAUUAUGAAAUUAUUUAGAAAUUGUGAAAAAUUACGUAUGAAGAAUUUUUUACAAAUUUUCGGAGGUGAUUAUACACCGAAAAUACAAAUAAGUUAUUUUUUAUUUUCUUCUUAGUGAACACAAAAUAAAACGUUGGAUAAUAUUCAACCUUUUAUGAUAAAAACUUGAAAAUCUGCAGUUUACAAUUGCAAUCAAACAAGAGGAGCUUAAAUGUCGCUGUUAUACGUGAACACGAAGUAAAGUGAAGUUUGUACCAGGUUCCCUUUAAUUAAUCUUGUAAAUAAUUAUAUAGCACGACGGCACAUAUAUAGAUCGUUUUGCAUACAGGACGAAAAAUAUUCUACGAGCAAAGAUCAGUGGAUUGUAGGUUUGUAGAUAUGUAUGAUAAGCGAUAAGUAUUAACGUGGCACGCAUCAAUAUCCAUUUUGCUUUGUUCAUAUGACGGAGAUCAUAGCAGUACAUUGUAUAUCCAUUAUCUUAAGGACCAUCAUCUUAACACUGAUUCCAUUAUGAACUUAUUUUUGUGAACGUACGCGUCGAACGAUCUGUUUCGAUUCCAAAUUAAAAUAAAUACAUUAUUCAUGACAACAGCAGCGAUACUCUUUCGUGUGCAAAAUAUUGCUGUUAACAGAUUUAUUUCAUCAUGGGUCACAUGAUUUUUUAAUAAAAUAUUAAUGACAACCUUAUCGAUUUCAAUGAUUUUGGCAUGUACUGUGUAUGUACUAAGGACAUCGCUUUGAGUAACUUUGAAAACUUUUAGCUGUUUAUUAAAAAAAUUAUAACAACCACUUUCAACCGAUCCGUUUAAACGGAUCAUUGAGAUCGCCCUUGAUAUCGCAAUUUUAUUGAUCUCCGCAUUGUUAUUGUAAAGUGUCUACAGAUCAAAUACGAAAUGUGCAAAAAGUAUGCUUGAGAAAAUCUGGGACAUUCUAUAUAAGUGUAAAUUAUUUUAACAUCAUACAUAUAACUCGUGUAUGUAUCGAGUCGAUUAUUACUUCUGGUUUCUUUCCCUCAGAAAAAAAGUAAUUCAACACUAGAAUCCUGUAUUGCCAAUGUCUAUAUAAUAUUAUGUCCUGUAACUCUAUAUAUUUUAAAAUACAUGCGUAUAUGGAGAAAAUGUGAAUCAAAUGUAUGACGCCUCAAUGGAUCAAUUAUCGCGUACUUUCUGAUCGAGAGUUUACUAGGUAAGAUGUACAAUAUGUUUUGGAAACGAUAUUAGAUGUAAAAUGUAUUUGUAGAAAAUAUAUUACGAUUUAGAUUAUAAACGAUCGUGCGUAUGUAUGCUGUCUUUUGUAUGUAGGUGCGACAUAAUAAUUCUAAACAUGUGUAAUGUAAAUAAAACCCAAAUAAAAUAUAGCAUUAAUAUAUGCAACGGUGGCAACGAA